GCCGCACCGACACCGACACCGACACCGCCGCCGCGCCGCGGGGAGGCUUCUUCAUGGGCUGCCACCAUGCUUGGGCCCUGGAGAUUUCGGGCUAAGCUAGUUUUGCAGAACAUUGGGAAUAAGCGCUAUGUCAGAUAUGGAUGAGACUCCGAAGAUGAUCUGCAUGUUUUACAUUUUUCACAAAUUUUGGGAAAUAAAAUGUAUGCUUGCUGCUCUACAGUAACUUUGGAACAGGACCUCAACAAAAAAAUGCAUAUCUGGAUGCUGCAGACGAUCGCGUUUGCUUUAACAUCGCUAGUCCUUUCGUGGGCAGAAAGCAUCGAGUAUUAUGGGGAAAUCUGUGAUAAUGCAUGUCCUUGUGAGGAGAAGGACAGCAUCUUAACAGUGAGCUGUGAAAACAGAGGGAUCAUCAGCCUUUUUGAGAUCAGUCCACCAAGGUUCCCUGUCUACCACCUCUUGUUGUCUGGGAACCUUUUGAACAGGCUGUACCCCAACCAGUUUGUCAAUUACACCGGGGCUUCAAUUUUGCAUCUGGGGAGCAAUGACAUACAAGACAUCGAAACUGGGGCCUUUCAUGGUCUGAGAGGUUUAAGGAGGCUGCAUUUGAACAAUAACAAGUUGGAACUUCUACGGGAUGACACUUUCCUUGGGCUAGAGAGUUUGGAAUACCUACAGGUCGAUUAUAAUUAUAUUAGCAUCAUUGAACCCAAUGCCUUCAGCAAACUGCAUUUGCUGCAGGUGCUGAUUCUCAAUGAUAACCUCCUCUCCAGUUUGCCCAACAACCUUUUCCGUUUUGUGCCCUUAACUCACCUGGACCUGAGGGGUAACCGGCUGAAGCUGUUGCCCUAUAUGGGCCUCUUGCAGCACAUGGAUAAAGUGGUGGAGCUGCAGCUGGAGGAAAACCCCUGGAAUUGCUCUUGUGAGUUGAUUGCUCUAAAGGAUUGGCUGGACAGUAUCUCAUACUCUGCUCUGGUGGGAGAUGUAGUUUGCGAGACCCCUUUCCGCUUACAUGGUCGAGACUUGGAUGAAGUCUCCAAGCAGGAGCUUUGCCCCAGGAGGCUCAUCUCUGAUUAUGAAAUGAGACCUCAGACACCACUGAGCACCACAGGGUAUUUCCACACAACCCCAGCCUCGGUCAACUCCGUGGCUACUUCUUCUUCAGCUGUUUACAAAUCUCCCUUGAAGCCCCCCAAAGGGACCCGCCAACCCAACAAGCCAAGGGUGCGCCCCACCUCCCGCUUGCCCUCAAAAGACUUGGGAUACAGCAACUAUGGCCCCAGCAUUGCCUACCAGACCAAAUCCCCGGUGCCUUUGGAGUGCCCCACUGCCUGCACUUGCAACUUGCAGAUUUCUGACCUGGGCCUCAAUGUCAAUUGUCAGGAGAGGAAGAUUGAGAGCAUUUCUGAACUGCAACCCAAACCCUAUAAUCCUAAGAAGAUGUAUCUGACGGAAAACUACAUUGCACUGGUCCGCAGGGCAGAUUUUGUGGAUGCCACCGGGCUGGAUUUGCUACAUCUGGGCAAUAAUCGGAUCUCGGUCAUUCAGGACCGGGCUUUUGGGGAUUUAACUAAUUUGCGAAGGCUGUACCUGAAUGGGAACCGGAUCGAGCGGCUGAGCCCAGAGCUGUUCUAUGGGCUGCAAAGCCUGCAGUACCUCUUCCUGCAGUACAAUGUCAUCCGGGAGAUAGAGGCAGGCACCUUUGAAUCUGUCCCCAACCUUCAGCUCUUGUUUUUGAACAACAAUCUGCUGAGGUCUUUGCCAGGGAACAUUUUUUCUGGUCUGUCUCUCUACAGGCUGAGCCUGCGGAGCAACCACUUCUCCUACCUGCCAGUGAGCGGGGUGCUGGACCAGCUGAAAUCCCUGCUGCAGAUCGACCUGCACGAGAACCCUUGGGACUGCACCUGCGACGUGGUGGGCAUGAAGCUGUGGCUGGAGCAGCUCAACACCGGUGUCCUGGUGGACCAGGUUAUCUGCGAGUCUCCUAAGAAGUUUGCCCAGAGCGACAUGCGGGCCGUCCGGGCGGAGCUGCUGUGCCCCGACUACUCGGAUAUCGUCGUCUCCACGCCCACGCCGUCCCCGGGCCAGCUGCCGGCCAGGACCACCCCCUCCUCCUCCACCGUGCGCCUCAAUGGCACGGCGGCGGCGGGCGGCUCCGCGCCCGCGGGCGGCGCCGGCGGCGGCACCUCCUCGGUGCCGCUCUCGGUGCUGAUCCUCAGCCUGCUGCUGGUCUUCAUCAUGUCCGUCUUCGUGGCGGCCGGGCUCUUCGUCCUGGUGAUGAAGCGGCGCAAGAAGGGCCAGGGUGACCACGCCAGCGCCAACAACUCCGACGUGAGCUCCUUCAACAUGCAGUACAGCGUCUACAGCGGCGGCCACCACCACCAUCACCACCCCCACCUGCAGCAGCACCCGCCCCACCGCGGCGGCGGGGGCGGCGGCGGGGGCGCGGCGCUGCCCAAGGUGAAGACCCCCGCCGGCCACGUCUACGAGUACAUCCCGCACCCCCUGGGCCACAUGUGCAAAAACCCCAUCUACCGCUCCCGGGAGGGCAAUUCGGGCGAGGAUUACAAAGACCUUCACGAGCUGAAGGUCACCUACAGCAGCCACCCCCUGUCGCCCGGGGGGGGCGCGCCGCCGCCCCCUCCGCCCCCACCGCCGCCGGCGCCCGGCGGGGAGGACGCGCCGGGGCGCAGCCCCGCGUACAGCGUGAGCACCAUCGAGCCGCGGGAGGAGCUGCUCUCCCCAGUGCAAGACGCCGAUCGCUUUUACAGGGGCAUUUUGGAGCCCGACAAACACUCCUCCUCCACGCUGGGCACUCCCGGCUCCACCCUCCCCGACUACCCCAAGCUCCCUGCCGCCUACACCUACUCCCCUAACUAUGACCUUAGGCGUGCCCACCAGUACUUGCACCCGGGGCCGGGGGACAGCAGGCUCCGGGAGACGGUGCUCUACAGCCCCCCGAGUACUGUCUAUGUAGAGCCCAACAGGAACGAGUACCUGGAGCUAAAAGCAAAACUAAACGCAGAGCCGGACUACCUCGAAGUGCUGGAAAAACAGACCACAUUCAGCCAGUUCUGAGAAACAGCCUCCCUCCCCGUCCCCUCGCCAGUCUCAGCAGCUCCUUCUCUAGAGUAUUUGUAUUUAACAACCACACGCAAAACAAAGAAAUGCUGACCUCCCACCUCGCCCACCUUCUUUUUUCCCCCUUUAAUGCAUUUUAUUGUAGGGUGAAGUGCCUUGGCACAGGACUUUUCAGCUUCGGGGAAUGAUUCUGAAAGGGUGUGCUGUUCAGUUUAGUUUAUUCUUUUUUCUUUUACUGUAUUUGGAAGUCAAAAACCUCCUGCUUUGUAAAAUGGGCACAACGCUGGUGUUGUGCGGGUGUCCACCUGUGCUUGGGGAAGGUGGCAGGAGGUUCCUGUCAGGUCAUGUUCAGGUCACAAGUACAAAAGUCACUAUCACUAUUUUUUUAUUAUUAUUUUUAUUUUUUUCUAACAGACAUUCUUUAUUUUGGGUUUCUUUCUGGUUGAAGAGUACAGCGCACAUUUUCCCCUUUUAGCCAUGGGUGAGUCUAAAUGGCUUUUUUGGAGAGAUUAGCACACCCCGACUUUAAUACAAGGUUUCCUUUUUUUAAGGAUGUGUUUGUAUACUUUCUGGACUUUUGAAUUCAAAAAUAUAUUAUGAUCUUUAAAAGGAUCGCUGUAGAUGUGGACAAAUCAUUAAAGAGUGCAGAGAUAUAUGAUCCAUAACUGGUUAGUGAAAAUAAUUUAUUGAUGAAAUAUAAAAAAAUAUUUUAUUGUAGCACCUAUUUUUAUAUGCACAUUAGCAUUUCUCUUUCCUUCACUAUUUUAGGGCCUAAUCCUGCAAAUUCUUAACUCACUUCAGUGUCUCUACUUGUGAAAGAAGUCCCAGCUUAGGCCUUCAUCCUGCAGGCACUUAAGCACAUGAACAACUUUACCAAUGAGUGUAGCUUUCUAAACUCAUUCAUUGAGCAAACUUAGUCAAAAGCCAAAAAAAUUAGGAUAGAGGAUGCAGAACUAUUCUUACAAGUAAAACUACUGGAAUGUUUCAGUGUUUUUGUUUGUUUGUUUUUUUAAAUUCAAGACGAGGUCCAAAGUCUCCGUAUUCCUUUAAAGUAUUGCACUACACCGAGAGCUUUUUUUCCAAAUAUGAUGUAGAAUCAAAAGGACCUUUUAAAUCAUUAGAUAUAAUGCCAGUUAUGACCAAAUCUUAACAGACAAUCUAAGAUGUGAAAUCCGAUCACAAUAGAAAAAAAUCAUGUUUCUAUUUGAGAAUAUACCUUUUAGCAACCUCCUGCUCAGGAGUCUGGUUGGGCAAACUAGUGAGGGAUAUGUAGAAGGCAUUCAUUUUAUCAGGAAAAAAAAAAGUGUUUCAUUUUUGAUUUGUCAGUUUCAAUUCUUUUUUCAUUUUUGCUUUUGUAUUAGUUAACCAAAAUAUAAUGAUUUUGCAACUGUUGUAGCCAGUUUCUGAUUGUUUAGUCAAGUACAAUUGCACUUGUACAGAUCCACAUGUUUACUGGCAUCCUGAAAGACCAAAUGGUGGACUGUACCCAUCUAUAUAAAAUGUCUUUCCCCUUUGGGCAGCAAGCAAUGGCAAGGAUAUUCAUAAACACCCCAUCACUGUAAGAGGGGACAACUGAUAUGUAUCCCAGCACAUGUGAUUUUUUAAUAGUUUCUGAAUAAACACUUGGUAAAUAUUUCAAAUGUAA